AUGACGUCUGCUCUGGACUCAUUCCUGAACAAAAUGAUCUCAGUCAUCACCGGCGACGGCCGCAACAUCGUAGGCGUCAUGAAGGGAUUCGAUCAGACGGUGAACGUGAUUUUGGAGGAUUCGUGUGAAAGGAUAUUCAACUCUCAACAAGGGAUCGAACAAGUGCCGCUCGGACUGUACAUUAUUCGCGGUGAAAAUGUGUAA